AUGAGUUGCUUGUCUUGGGAGCGUUUCCCCCCAGAACUGCGCCUCCUUCUCCUCAAGCACAUCGCUGGACCCGACCCAGACCCACACCAGGGGCCCAGACAUUGCUCAGAGGCAGAGGCGGCAAGGAGGGGUAGGGCAACGGGAGCGAAACUGCACACAUACGCGUGGGCGCCGUGUGCGGCGGUCUCGCGCGAGUGGCAGGCUUUUUUCGAGCGACGCACGUUUGCGUCGCUGGCGCUGUUUAACGACGACGUGGGGCCGUUCUGCGCGGCUGUUCGGCGCCGUGCCGAUCGGCUGGCGUAUGUGGGCCGGCUGCGGCUGACCAUCGACCUGCCCGGGUACACAUGCGAGGAGUGUGGCACAGACGAGAAUGCGGCGACGCUCAAGCGCAACAACAUUGUCUUUACGGGCGUUCUGUGGCGUCUGCUGCGCGGGCUUGGCACAUGGACGGGCCCUGUGUCACAAGAGCGGGGACUGCGGCUAGAGUUGGGUGUGCGCUCCAUCAGCGAUGGGCAGCACAUGUGGCAGGAGUACCGCAUCUUGCAUCCGUACGGCACGAUACGCUGUGGCCAAGACUACUGGCGGUACUUUAGGGAAACACGGCACCUCCGCAAACAUUCGGUGCAGAGCAGCCGGCAUCUGCGAUAUCGGAUGCGUCACGGCCCACCGGCCGCGCCGAUUGUGCAGACACUUGUCAUGGGCCGCCGGUUCUUCCGCGCGAUGCACCCCGAUACUUUGCACCACCUGCUCCAUGCGUGCUUUCCGGGCGUGCAGCAGGUGCAUCUGGAGCCGUGGCGGCCGCUGGAUGCAGCCAACUUUGACACCAUGGAGCGCGGCUACAGCCGUCUGCUCGCCGAUCUGCCACCGUCGCUGCGUUGUCUCAACCUAUUUUUGGAGAGCAGCCAUACCCUUCACCGGCAGUUUCGUGGCUUUGACGGCGAACCCGUCGGCCUCACGGCCCUGACCUUUCGCCGACUCCGCCCGCAGCUCGGACGCCAGCUCGCCACGGGCAGCAACAACCUGGCCGUGAUCAACGUCGCCUUUCUCUGCAACGCGGACGACUUCUUUGCAGCCGCGGCAGGCCUGCCCGCAGCGACACACACGUGGCCGCGGCUCGCCACGAUCGUCUUGACGGCGCCGACGCUGGCGCCCUCCUCGUCGCCCGAUGCCAUUGUGCGACUGCUGCGGCGGGCGGCGGCCGUGGCGGUGCGGAUGCCGCAGCUGCGGGAGGUCGAGCUCUGGUACGUGUGCUGCCAGAACGCAUGCACGUUUUCGGUCACGCUGGCGCCGUUGGCGCCCGGCGGCGCUCUCGCGGGGACAUCCAGAGGGGCGGCACCAGAGGCGCACUUGACUCUCCGUUCCACAUGGCCGCUGCAGGCGGUGCUCACGAACCGUGUGGUGGGCGCGUGGCGGACGGUGACCAGAGAGUGGGUCAGAAGGACAUGGCCGUCGGCUGACGAGUGUCGUCUUGACGACUGUCUUGUCGUCACAGUUGAGACGCUCCAGGUGAGCUCAAGUGCUAUGGAGCGGGGCAUGGAUGCGCGCAUGCUGGUGCUCACCGGCAGCACACUGGCCAGCAACAGCAACCAGAAGAGCAGCAACAGCAGCAGAAACAGCAUGCCGCGUGCAACUACAGGUCGUGGCCGGCGUGGUCGGCGUGGCCGGCGCCAAGGCAUCGGGAGGAGCCGAGCUGGCGGAGGAGGACGGCUUCGGGCCGACAAUGAGGACCUGCUAACGAGAGCACUGGCGAUCAUGCGCGAAGAGGAAUCGGAAGAGAACCGCAGGACCGCCGAGAAUUCACGCCGGGAGACCAUUGAGCGAUUCAUGCAUGAGGCUAUCGAUGCCGCACAGGGGGCAGAGAUGGCAGCGGAGCAGGCUACAGUGGCGAGAAAUGAGGGAAGAGCCGAGAUUGCUGCCGGACUGGUCUGGAGUCCGGGCGAUGCUGCGGCCGAAGCCCGCCAGGAGGCGGAGACAGCUCGUGCGGAGAGAGAGCGCGCGGUGGCGGCAAGGGCAGAGAUGAGGAAAUACCGCCCCACCCUCAUCGAAGCUGAAAGUAUGGAGGUCCAAGUGUCGGCAGCGGCGAGGGCCGCGCAAGUUGCGGAGAAGAUGGCCGAGAACAUGGUGGCAGCGGCAGCGGCAGCGGCAGCAGCGGCGAAGAACGAGGCAGACUACCAUCUGCAUCACCCGCAACUAGGCGAGGUGGUCGGUAUGGCACGCGGAGACGACAUUGUGCAGUUUCGCGGCCUUCCCUUUGCUGCAAUUCCGGGUCGAUUUCGACAGGCGACUUUGCUUGAGCAGCUCCCAGAGAAUCCGUUUGAUGCUCGGCAACCAGGCGCAUACUGUCCCCAGCCACACAUGCCGUUUCUGGAGUACUGGGACGGAGGACCGGUCAGUGGCUCUCCAGAGAUUGCCAUGCCGCCGAUGGACGAGUUUGCCUGUCUCAAUGUCGACAUUACGGCACCUCGGUCGGCCGUGGAGAGCGGCAACGCAGGCGUGCCCGUCCUCUUUUUCGUCCACGGCGGCGCGUACAUCGGCGGCAGCCACAGCGUCCAGGUGGCCCGGCGCGAGGUCUACGACGGGACCGAUCUCGUCCGCGCGUCCGUCGCCGCCGCCCUCCCCGUUGUCCUGGUCACCUGCAACUACCGCCUGGGCCCCUUGGGCUUCCUGGCGUCGGAGGAGCUGGCCGCCUUCAACGCGGCCCACGGCGAGCCCGUGGGCAACUAUGGGCUCCACGACCAGCGGCAGGCCCUGGCGUGGUGCGCGCGCUUCAUCGGUGGCUUUGGCGGCGAUGCCGGCGCGAUGACCAUCAGCGGCACCAGCGCCGGCGGCAGCUCCGUGCACUUCCAGAGCAUCUAUCCGGGCCCGCGGCACUUCCAGAGGGUGAUCGCGUCGAGCGGCACGAUGGUUGGCAUUGGCCCGAUGCCCACGAGCUAUCAGCAGAAGAACUUUGAUGCGUACAUGGCCAAGGUGGGCGACGACGGAACACGCCGUCGUAGAACACGAGGCCGCGAUGCGCUUGACAUGGUCCGGCGACUGCAGCAGCUUCCUGUGGACGACAUGGUCACGCCCGUGACGACGGACAUUUACUAUCCCGUUGUCGACGGCGAGUGGAUCAAGGGCGGCCACCUCCAGGACUUGGAGACGCCGCGCAGCGAGGACGGCAACGAGCCCGAUCUCAUGAUUGGUGCCUGCGCGUACGAGCCCUUCGCCGAUAACCACAUACGCGGCAAGCUGUUCAACUUGUUCGCGUCAAACGGCAUGGUCGCUGACGCCAGCGCGUUUCCUUCGCCGCGCAUCGCCAACGACUACGGCCUCGCAGCGAUCCUCGAGACGCCGUCUGCGGCCGUGGCGCCGUGGGCGGACUUCAUGGCCGACGUGGCCUUUCGCCUUCCGCCGCUCCACAUUGCCCUCCGGCACCGCCUCGCCAGCCGUGUCCUCGUCUACAACAUCGAGGCCACAAACCCCUACCCCAACUGGCCCGCGUCGUAUGGCCGGGCCAACCACGCCAUCAGCGACCUCUUCCUCUUCAACGCUGCCCCAGACCAGGUUCCAGCAGAGCUGCGCGAUGGGUACGGUGGCGCUGUCGCACAGAUCCGGUCGGCCUGGCUCCGCUUUUGCCACAGUAUCCUGCCUUGGCCGCCCCUCAGGACCACGGACGGCACACUGGGGCCCAUCUUUACGUUCCAGAAUGGACCGGCCGGCCGCUUGAGCGACACCUUGGAGGAAGCAGUUGGUGAGCAGAAGGCGACGAAAUAG